UGCUUGCUCCCCAGGGGAGUUUGUAACGCACACAGCAGCGGCGUUAGUUUUGAAUCUUCACCCCCCCCCCCCCACACACACGAGAUACGGCGAUCAUGUCGCUGACGGUGGAGCUGUUCGAUCUACCGGCGCACCAGUUUCGGGUGUUUUGGGGCGCUUCCGGUAGCAUGUGGCAAUCGCUAUGGGACCGCUUCCUGGACAUCACCGGUGAUAAUCCGCUCGCCCUUUGGACCGUCGGGUCGUACGUGUACACUUCGCUGAUCUACUGGAGUAUUGGGAUCGUCUACACGCUGUUCGAUGUUACCGGGCGGCCAGAAGUUCUGCGCCGCUACAAAGUGCAACCCGGCACGAACGAACCGGUCGAUCCGGCCCGGCUGCGGACCGUUAUCCGGCAGGUGCUGUUCAACCAACUCUGCACCGGGUUCCCGCUACUCUUUCUCAUGUACUAUCUGUUGCCGGCGCAAACGCACACAACCAUCCGCGAGCUGCCCACGUUCGUGACGGUCGUGUGGCAGCUGGCGGUGUGCAUACUGAUCGAGGAGGUGAUGUUUUACUACAGCCACCGGUUGCUGCACGAUGGCCGUAUCUACCGGUACAUCCAUAAGCGGCACCACGAAUGGACGGCCCCGAUCGCCAUCACAGCGAUGUACGCGCACCCGAUCGAGAACGUGCUGAGCAACCUGCUGCCGAUAGCGGUCGGCGUGUGGACGACCGGGUGCCAUAUUUCCGUCGCGUGGCUGUGGUUUACGAUUGCGAUUUCCAACACGCUGCACGUACAUUCCGGUUACCAUCUACCGUUUCUGCCCAGUCCCGAACAGCAUGAUUUUCACCAUUUAAAGUUCAAUCAGUGUUACGGUGUGCUAGGUGUGCUUGAUUGGUUGCACGGUACCAGCGAUAUGUUCCAUCGCUCCAAACAGUCCAAGCGGGAUUACAUUCUUACGUCGCUGGAACCGGUGCGAGAUACCCAUCCCGACCAGUAGCCGACGAUAUGGGUGAUGUUACAAUACAAAAUAUUAUUUUUCUAGCGAAAAAAGGGGAAACUCCCUUAUUAUGAUUUAUAACCGAUGAUGUAUAUUAUCUCUCAUCUGUUCGCUUCCAUUUUAGGAGUGGCGGAGGAGAGCUACGUUAUGUAUGAUAAAGAGAUAUGAAAAGUUUAUUUUUUUAUAAUAAAUGUGACACAGCAGUG